AUGCAGCUUCUCCCCUCCCUGCCCCUGCUCGCCGCUACUCUCACCGCCGUAGUAGCCCAUCCCGGACAUGCUCCUCCCAGCGCCGCCGAGCUCGAAGCGACUCGUGCCUUCAAGCGCUCCACGCACCAACGCUACUCUCACUGUGCGUCCACGUCGUCCAUCCAGCGUCGUCAUGCGCUUCACUCCCAGACACGUCGCCAACAGCUCCUCUCCGAUCUCCGUACUCAGCUUCGACGCAACUCCUCCGACUAUUUCUCCACCGUCUUGGGAACGGACCACCAGUCGAACCGUACCGAUCUGACCUCUUCCAAUGCCACCACUUCCACGGUGUUUGCGUCCAACUCGUCGUCUGCAUGCGUCUUGCAACCCGAAGUGACCAUCGGACCGUACUGGGUGAGCGGCGAACUGCUCCGAUCCAACGUCACCGACGGUCAGCCUGGAGUGCCGCUCUACCUCGAUGUCCAGUUCGUCAACGUCGACACCUGUCAACCUGUUCCGGAGCUGUUUUGGGAGAUUUGGAGCUGCAACUCUACGGGAGUCUACUCGGGUGUUUCUGCUGCUGGAAAUGGAAACUCGGACGACACUUCGAACCUCAACGCCACCUUCUCCCGAGGUGUUCAACAGACUGACUCCAACGGUGCUUCCCAGUUCACCACCAUCUUCCCCGGUCACUACACUGGCAGAGCCACGCACAUCCACGUCGUCGCCCAUGCAAACGCCACCCUCCUCUCCAACAACACCCUCUCGGGUGGUGGCGCCGAUGGAGCCAUCCACAUCGGUCAACUCUUUUUCGACCAGGACCUCAUCUCCCAGGUGGAAGCACUGCAACCGUACUCCACCAACACCCAGAACCUCACCUUGAACGCCGACGACAGCAUCUUUGCUGAGGAGGCUUCCAGUCAGGGUUCCGAUCCCGUGGUCGAGUAUGUACUCUUGGGUGAUAGCGUGCAGGACGGUGUUUUCGCUUGGACCACCAUUGCUGUCGAUGUGGGCGCCGAGUAUACGACACAGGCUGCUGCCAGUUGGACUGACGACGGCGGAGUGGCUAAUGAAUCUUCGCAGGGCCAGGGUCCGGGUGGCGCUCCGCCUUCGUAA